UUUAGAAGCUAAAGAUGGCGGAAGCUCCCCCAUGGCCCAACCGGUUUUUCUGUCACAGGUGUUCAGCAGAGAUUACUCCUCGACUUCCCGAGUAUACGUGUCCAAGAUGUGAAUCAGGGUUUAUUGAGGAGCUGCUGGAAGAGAGAAGUGCCGACAAUGGAUCCAUGUCUACAAUCUCCAGCGGGUCCCAGAACCAACAACCACUUGAGAAUUUGGACCAGCACUUAUUUACAUUCCCUUCAAGCUAUGGUCAGUUCUCCUUCAGUGUGUUUGAUGACAGCUUUGACUUCGGUGCUGGAGUUGGACCUGAGGACAACCGGGAUGCUGAAAACCGGCAGGAAAGGGAAACGGCGUCACGACAACGAUAUGGUGCCAGGCAGCCCAGAAGUCGACAUGGUUCAAGGCGGCAAACAGGGAGGCAGGAUGCAGUUCCUACUCUAGAAGGAAUCAUUCAGCAGCUCGUGAAUGGAAUAAUUGCACCUACCGCAAUGCCAAAUAUUGGGGUUGGACCCUGGGGUGUUCUUCAUUCAAAUCCUAUGGACUACGCCUGGGGUGCAAAUGGGCUUGAUGCUAUUAUAACACAGUUAUUAAACCAGUUUGAGAAUACAGGGCCUCCACCUGCUGAUAGAGAUAAAAUCAAAAGUCUUCCUACAAGACAAAUUACAGAUGAGCAUGUUGCUUCAGGUCUGGAAUGUCCAGUGUGUAAAGAAGAUUACAGUGUUGGAGAAAGUGUGCGGCAGCUCCCGUGCAAUCACAUGUUUCACAAUGACUGCAUAGUCCCCUGGCUAGAACAGCAUGACACAUGUCCAGUGUGCAGAAAAAGCUUGAGUGGACAGAACACUGCAACAAACCCUCCAGAACUAUCAGGGAUGAACUUUACCUCCUCUUCUUCCUCGUCCUCGUCCUCUUCAUCCUCCUCUACCCCUCAAUCCUCAAGUUCGACCAGCAAUGAAAACUCCACUGAUAACUCCUAGAAACAGCAUUUGUCUUAACCACCCUAUGAGCUGGUUUAGCUCAGAGGCUACUGCACUUCACAGCAGUGACCUCCGAUCCCUCCCUGCUGUAGGGAAGAGGCCUGAGUACAUCUCCCCAGGAGCCCUCAGGCCUGAUUCAGGGGUAAGUGAUACAUGUGUUUAUGUAUUUCUACCCGUUGCGUUUCCCCCACCUUCAUCAGGAAUCUGAACAAUAGAAGGGUGGAGGCCUGGAGCGCAGCUUCUGUCAGGGAGGAUAUGGAGAAGCAUGGAAACUUCAAGAAGCUUGAUUUGCUUGAAGCACCUCAUACAAGAAGAGAAAAUAAAGGAAUCCAAAGGUAGAAGACUAGAAACAAGACAGUGGUUAACUUUUUUUUAUAUCUCUAGACUUGUUUGAUUUCAGUGCCAGUGAAGCAAAAGGAGAUGUACAGUUAUUUCUUUUUUAAUUAAGUAGCAUCCAUAUCUCAGAGUGACUCCAAGUGCACUAUUGUGCACUACUUAAGUGUGCACUAAGGUUUCUUCGUGGUGUAGAAGAAUAUGACAUUAGACCCCUUUGUCGCCAAAUGAUUUGACAAUAGUUUAUUUUAUUUGGAAGAUCGUCCUGCCGUUUUAAGAUUAUCUGACAGCACUCAUGUACCGUUGUUUGCACUUGAAAUAAUUUGUUGGAUUGCAGAAAUGUUUUGAUAAAAAUGGUAAUCCAUACACACAUUACACACUAAUGAGUUAUGGAAGUUCUGUCUGCAAACCUAAGGGGAAAAAAACAAGGUUAUUCAUGGGUUAUAUAAUACACCCUGAAACAUUUUAUCAUGUGCAUUUUUAUUUAAAAGAAAAUUAAAUUCAUAUUUUCUAAAGUUGCCAGUUGAGAAACUAAUAAAUUCUAGUCUGAUCAUGUACCAAAAGAAAUAAAAUGAUUUGAAAAUGACAAUAAAUAUGUUUGGGUGCUACCGCUUACUUCAUGCAUGUUAUUCUCACUGUAUUUAUUGAUUUUAAUAUUUAAAGCUAAAUGAUAAGCAACAGUAAUCAAAAACUGGCUCAGAACUGUUCACGAUGAAGGUACUAUGAAUUUAGUGUAUUGAAAUUGUAUGUAACUUACUACUGGUAUAAAUUUAUUGGUAUAAAUUUAUUUGUAUUUAUUUUUUGUAGAUACAGUCCUGUAAGUAGAUACUACCUGGGAUUUUAAUCUUUAAAAAAAUCUGAAAGACAAUCAAAAGUUAUUCAGAGCACAUUAGAUAAACUAGUUACUUUUUGACCAAAUAAGCAAACUUUAUUGAUUUUAAAGAUCAGAGAUUAGUUGUUUGGGUUUGUUUUUAGUCAUUGUUUUUUAUGAUUUGUAGACUCUUGGAACAGCCAGGGAACAAUAACCCUGUUAACCCAUUUCUCUGGCUUGUUUUCAAUGCAUAAUAAAGCUUUGACAUCAUUUUGUACUUUCAAAGCAACGCCUGGAAAAAGUAAACAAGGUCUGUAUGGAAUCCUUCACUGCUGCACUUGCCUGCUAAAUAUUAUUGAUAAACCAGUUACAUUCUGCGUCCUGUUAUUGUUUCGCCAUAUGGGUGCAUUUCCUGUCCAUUGUACCUCUCUUGUCCCCUGAGGUUUUAGGUUCAAAGGCCUCUAUCUAAGGAAAUUGUUGUGGGGGAGGAACAUUGGUGAAGACAUUGAAGUGAACACAUUAAACUUAUGACUUUGGGGUUGACUUUACAAUGUAAAAUUGUUCACAUUUGAUUAUUUUCUUGAUAUUGUACUUGAUGUUAAGUCUUUGUGCCUUUUAACUAAGCACAAUGGAAUACAGUGUGGCAAGAUAAUUUAUAAUAUGGUAAGAUAUAGUUCAAUGAUACCAUUACAGAUGCUGUCAUCUACUUUACUGCAUUAGGAUUGUGUAAGUAUAAAUGGUAGGUCCUUUUCUGGGGAUGCAGUAUGAAUUUCUUAUUAGUUUUCUUUUU